CGACAUGGUGCGGCUCUGCGAGAAAUCGCGUCACCCCAUUCGGCGUCUCCAUCACACUUCACAUGCCAGACCACCAACUUGGGACGGGAUACUUGCGGCACGCCCUCAAGCGCCUUUGUUCAUUCAUCAUCACGAAACCCCAGCGUCUGCCUCACCAGCUCAGGCAUCGAUCCAUUGGCUCUCCGCGCUGCAAACGACGUCUGUCCACAUGAAUUUGGGGAUGCGGGGUUGGCGCUACGGCGGCCAAGUCGUUUACGCGACCCUUAUCACGGAACCGCCGACCGCUCUUGUACGCAGAGCUUGGGGCUCUUUGUAUGGCGAUCUGUCGGUGUGAAGAUUGCUUGAUGCGGGUCCACCGUCCCGUGGCUUUUGGAUUUGUCACUCGUCAACAUCGGCUACGUGUAUGCUCCCGAGUAUGCGCUGGCGGUCAAGUGAGUACGACAGACGGUGUUUGGACGAGGCUUCGUGGCCGUGACGGAGAAUGUUUCCGUCCUCUUGAGGUCUUUCGUGGAGCAGGGCUGCAUGAACCUGCGUCGACGUGCACCGGCAAGGUGCGGCUUUGGACUGUGGUCUCCUUUGGCAACAAUAUCCCCUUUCGGACAUCCAACAAGAAUGCAUGCUCACAUACAGGGAGAACUUCCUGUCCUAGACGUUGUACAGCGCUUCGAGAGGUAGGGCUAUUCCGACUUAUCGAGACUCACCACCCGUACUACCCUUUUACGCCGUGGCUAGCUUCGCUGCGUAAGACGACGGAGAUGGUGGCAUGACUACUUUCCUCAGCAGUCACGACUUACUCACAACCGCGAGACGUAUACAAGAACGACGAACUCUACCAGAAAAGCAGAAUG